AUGCUUCGCCCCCUCCUGUUCCGCCGCGCCCUCACCACGACCACCACUCUCGGCACCAUGGCGGCCGAAUCCGCGGCCAAGCGCCUCAAGACGGACGGCGGCAGCAGCAGCCUGCUCAUCGGCACGCACAACGGGCACUUCCACGCCGACGAGGCGCUCGCGGUGCACAUGCUGCGUCGGCUGCCGGCGUACGCCAACUCGACGCUCGUGCGCACGCGCGACCCGGCCGUGCUCGCGACGUGCCACACCGUCGUCGACGUCGGCGGCGAGUACGACGCGGCGCGCCACCGCUACGACCACCACCAGCGCGGCUUCGCCACUACCUUUCCCGACCGCCCGACCAAGCUGUCGUCGGCCGGCCUCGUGUUCCUGCACUUUGGCCGCGCCAUCAUCGCCCAGCGUCUGGCGGGCGCCGGCGCCAGCGCCACCGAGGACGACGCCCAGGUUCGCCUGCUGCACGCCAAAAUCUACCAGAGCUUCGUCGAGGCCCUCGACGCGCACGACAACGGCAUCGCCGUGUACGAUCCCGCCGCCGUCGCCGCCGCAGGCCUCGCCAAGCGCUUCUCCGACGGCGGCUUCGGCCUCGGCGCCAUGGUCGGCCGCCUCAACCCCAGCUGGAACGAACCUGCUGCCGCCGACCCCGCCGAGGCCCAGCGCCGCGAGGACGCCCGCUUCCUGACGGCCAGCCAGCGCAUCGGCGAGGAGUUUGACCGCGAGGUCGACUACUACGCGUCCGCGUGGCUGCCCGCGCGCGCCGUCGUCCAGGACGCGUUUGCCCGCCGCGCCGAGCACGACCCCGACGGCCGCGUCCUCGUCCUCGACGGCCAGAGCGUCCCCUGGAAGGACCACUUGUACACGCUCGAGCAGGACGAGGGCAGGAGCUCCGUCCUGUACGUGCUGUACCAGGAAAAGCCAGAGCCCGGCGCCAAGUGGCGCAUCCAGUGCGUGCCCGAGUCCAAGGACUCGUUUGUCAGCCGCAAGCCCCUGCCGGAAGCCUGGCGCGGCUUCCGCGACGCCGAGCUUGACGCCAUUGCGGGGGUCGAGGGCUGCGUGUUUGUGCACGCCGCCGGCUUCAUUGGCGGCAACGCGACGUUUGACGGUGCCAAGGUCAUGGUCGCCAAGGCCCUCGCUGCGUGA